ACAGAAAUCUCUGCAAAUAGUCCAAAGGUAACCAGACAUGGGAACGUAGGCCUCUUUACUGGAGAAGCUAGAGAUGAGGAGGAUGGAGAAAUCUGUUACGAAAAUAUUGAUGUUGCUGUGAAAAUACUAAAUGAGUUUGGUGGUUCAAGUGACCUGCACGCUCUGUUGGACGAGGCCAAAGUAAUGGUAUCAGUUUCGCAUCGGCAUUGCCUUCGUCUACUGGGUGUCUGUCUAUCCGGGACGCGAAGAUGUCUUGUAUCAGCCUAUGUAGAGAAUGGGAGUCUGGACCGUUAUCUCAGUACUCAUGGCUCUCGUAUUCAAGCCCAACUUCUGCUGAUUUGGGCUAGCCAGAUUGCAGAUGGAAUGGCCUACCUUCAAUCUCGUGGAAUAAUACACAGGCAAGAGCUAUGA